CGUGGGGCCAAAAAGUCAACAUCAACUUCAUCAUUAUUGACCGCAGUUGUCACCAUCCUGGAACUUGCGUCGCCCACAAUCGUCACCAGUGCCUCUGCUUAGGAGCUACAGCAUUCUCCUCUCACCCGCAAUGCCGUGUCACCGCCAGCAUCAGCGAUGACCGUGAAGGACGAUGGCCAGGUAUCAGCUUCAGAGGCUGACACGGCUCAAGUCGAGGCUACCACAGAUGCCACCUCCCCCAUCCAGCCUCCCUUGCAACUCUCACAGCACCAUUCUCUCAAACACCAUCUCCUCGGUCCCUCCCUGACCAAAGCCGGUCAGGAUGCCGUCGAUCAAAACAAAGUCUCCGAAAUCAUCUACCAAGCCUCCAAAGGCUCCAAAUAUUUCAACAAUGAAGAAGUCAAGGACCGGAAUUUGACUCUAAAAAUUGAUCGAAUUCUGAAACAAAAGGCCGAGUUAGAAAGGUUAGAUCUCAAGUCAGACCUCAGACGAGCAGACGACUACAUAGCUUCUCUUGAACUAUCCCGGGAUCUGUCUCAAUACGUGGUUCACAUCGACUGUGAUGCCUUCUAUGCUGCGGUGGAAGAGAUCGAUCGUCCUGAGUUGAAAAAUGUCCCCAUGGCCGUCGGCGUCGGCGUCCUUACUACCUGUAACUACGAAGCUCGGAAAUAUGGUUGUCGAAGCGCCAUGGCUGGUUUCGUGGCAAAGAAGUUGUGUCCAAACCUAGUCUGUCUUCCUCUGAAUUUCGAAAAGUACACAGCGAAAGCAAAGGAGGUGCGGGCCAUCCUGGCCGAGUAUGACCCUCGUUUCGAAAGUUCCAGCAUCGACGAAGCAUAUGUGAACAUUACCGAAUACUGCGCCACCCAUCAGGUCGAUCCGGAGGCGGCAGUCGAGCAGCUCCGAAAGGAGGUCCACGAGAAAUGCAAAAUCACCAUCUCCGCUGGUAUUGCGCCCAAUGCCAAAAUUGCCAAAAUCUGCUCAAACAAGAACAAGCCAAAUGGCCAGUUUUGCGUUGCCAAUGAUCGUGCGGCGGUCAUGUCUUUCAUGUCGAGUCUGCCUGUUCGCAAGGUCAAUGGCGUUGGCAGAGUCUUAGAACGUCAACUCGACGCCAUUGGUGUUAAAGUGUGUGGUGACAUCUAUGCUCAACGCGCCUAUCUGAACAAGCUGUUUGGCGAAAAGGCAUUCCAAUUUCUGAUGCAAACUUAUCUUGGGCUCGGCCGCACUGUCGUCCAGCCAGCCGAAGAAUAUGAACGCAAGAGCGUUGGGACUGAAAGUACCUUCCGAGACAUCAGCAGCAAACAAGAUUUGCGCGAAAAACUCCGACAUACUGCAGAAGAGCUAGAAAAGGACAUGGCCAGGGUCCAAGUCAAAGGUAGAACUCUGGUUCUGAAACUCAAGCUGCACACGUAUGAAGUCAUUUCGCGUCAGGUGGCACCCCCCAAGGCGAUCUGUCUCGCAGAUGAUCUCUAUAACUACAGUCUGCCCAUGCUAGCUAAGCUAGAAAAGGAUAUGCCAAAUAUGAAAAUCCGGCUCAUGGGUUUACGGUGUACACACCUCGUGAGUACCAAGAAGGAGGACCGAUCACAUUUUUUUGGUCGACGGAAUACCCCUUCCAUCCGUCCCACCACCACGGAUCAUGUCGGCAAGGAUGAUAAGGAUGAGUGGGAGGUAUGGCCAGACUCCGAGUUUGAAGAGGCAGCACGUCAGGAACGGCAGGACGAAAUGGAUGAGCUUGUACGAUUGAGCCAAGAGCAACAAGACAAGUAUGGACAUGACGAGCAUGGAGAACAUCUAGACGCCGCCACAUCGACGGCCGACUGGCAUGAACCAUUUGGACGGUACAAAUAUGGCAGUGAGCCUAACUCACCGGCCGUUGCCCGAGCAGGUCAUCUACCGAACUCGUCGUUAACGCCAAUGAUGUCAACUGACCAAGAACAACAGUCCUGGGACUGCCCGAUCUGCCAGCUCCCACAGCCCGCAACGGACAAAGGCUUCAACGACCACAUUGAUCUGUGCCUUUCGCGCCAGACCAUUAAGGAAGUUGUGGCACAGUCUCAGGCAGAUCUACCUGGGCCGCCGGCAGGCCAGAGUCGAUCUCUCCCAGCGGCGUUGAGCAAGACGGGCUCCGUCGACUCUGUUCGUGCGUCGCCUGAUAUCAUGUCUACGGCAUCGUCGUCAUCGGCAUCUGUGUCGAAAAUGACUAACAAGUCCAAAUCCAACGCGGGCACCAAGAGAAAAGCCUCAAACGGCCUGGGUGCGACAGACAAUGCGAAGAAUUCCAUAUCGUCCACGUCUACCAGGAAACAGAAGCGUCUCUUCUUCACCUGAACAUAGAGGACGAUGAUGAUAAUGAAGACCAUGAUAAAAUUGAUGUUAGCGAUGAUAGACAAUAAAAU